CCCGCCAAACUUGACCAGCUGAUAGCAAGGUUCACUGAUCGCGCACAUCAAUGCACUGUUCAGUCAGCUGCAUUGACUAACAACACUGAUUUGCUAGCGUUUGUCAUCUCCAGGAAGGUGGAGGAAGCAGAGCUGCCAGAGGAGCUGAAAGGCUUUCUCUGUAAAGCCGCUGACACGAUUCUGAAUAUGUGCGCCACUUCAGCGGUGUGUUCCUCUCGCAUCGCUGCCUGGCAGACGAUGGUUCAGAGGGCAACCUGGCUCCGCCUCUUCCCUCUAAGAUUAUACAAUCUCACAGGGAAAUAGUGCAAGCAAUUCAUAACAUAAAAUUUAGAAGCUUAGUGGAAGAUAAUACUUUAUGUUGAGGGUUUAGUCUGCAUACUGAACACCUCCACUUAUAUGGAUUUAUGUCUGGAUGUGUAAAUUAAUCUUUUGCAUGUUAGAAAAUAAGGUCCAGGUUGCAAAAAAUGGUAGAUUUUUAUUUUUUUAUUUAUUUUUUUUGAUUGAAUCAGAAUUUUGGCCUUCAGAUUUUUUGUCCUCUCCCAUCCAGGUCAGUGCAGCGUUUCAUAGGAUCACGACCCUGAACCUUGAACCAAAGUUCAUGUCAUCGUUGGACUUGUAUUCAUCCAAACUCCUGUCCUUGUUUCAAGCCAAGAAAGGUGCUGCUGGACAACGCCACAGGGCACAGUUAAACCUUCUGCUUCAGAGUGGAAAUUCCAUCGAGAAAAAACGAGAAGUCAUCAUCAGAUGUUUCAUUGACCAUCUGGGAGAGGAUCCAAGUGUCUUAAUCAAAACCUUUGAGGACGGUGCUGAUGCUGUCUUUGUUGAAGAGGCUUUGGCUGAGGAGGUGAUGAAGAUUUACCUGCUGCAGAAUCAAGACAGGUCAGGCGAACCUACUGAUGUGGGUAUUGUUAUUGAAGGCGUUACUGUUCUGGGCAAACUUGGGAAUCUGAGCAAAGCCUGUUGCUAUCUUUUGGGACUGUGCUAUGCUCUGGAUCUGAAAUACCCCAAGAAUUUCAAAUGCACAUUUGAAGCAUUUCGAAAAGUGUUCAUGGAGCUGGAUCCAGGAAACCUUUCUGUCAAGGUUCAAAGACUGAAAAAUGACCUCUGUUCAUUGUAGACAAAAUUUCACAGGGCUGUUCUUAAAGUGUUAGACUUGUUAAGUGACAUGUAAUGCUCAUCAAAAGGUUCAGUUGCGACAUUACAUUGUUUUGACAUUCCUGUUCAUAAAUAAUGUUUGUCCCAUAAACUGUGUUUUUGUAUUAACUUU